GGGCUGUCUUUUUUCGGAAGAAUUUUUCUUGAGAGAAUGUUCACUCAUUCUGAUUUUUUUCUAUUUCAAUACAAUUAAUAAACAAUCUUAUCAAUUUUUGAACCAAUUUGCACUGAAAUAAAAAAAGUCUAAUUAUCGCAAUUAGAGCGAUUUACAGUAUGUUUCUCUAUUACACGGCAUAGAACCUUUUCCGGCCGCCUGCUGUGUUGAUGCAUAAUUUCUUUCUAUUUUUGCGGGAUUUGGUGUCAGAAGAAACUUUAUCGUAGUCUUCGUUCUUGCAGCGAUCUGCUGUGAGGGACUACCCACGGUCAACCACCACAUCAGCAAGCUGUCUCUCACCCGCAUCCGUCGUGGUCUCACGCUGCCUCCCGACUCUGCACUCCGCCACCAGCCAUGGGGAAACCCAAGAAGGGACGCAAGAAGGCGGGCGACUCGGACUCCGACGAGGCGCCGGCUAUGACCAUCGAGGACGACGCGGCCGAAGAGCUGGCCGACGAACCCGCCACCAAGGCACCGCCGAAAAAGGGCAAAAAAGCCAAGAAGGCCAAGAAGAAGGCGGCGAUGGAAUCUGACGACGAUGAGGACCAGAUCGGAGAUGAUGACGAUGACCUUCCUGCGCCGCCUAAGGCUAAGAUGUCCGGCUUUGCGGCCCUAAUGAUGGAUGAGAGCGACGACGAGCCUCCUGCGCCGCCACCUAAGAAACCGGGAUUCGCUUCCCUUAUGGACGACAGUGGUGACGACAAGCCCGAGUCGGAAGACGAGGUUGUAGUGGUAAAGAAGAAGGAUAAGAAGAAAGAAAAGAAGGGUAAAGAGAAGAAGAAAAAGAAGAAAGAUGAAGGCUUGGAUGAUGAUCUGGAGAAGAUGCUUUCGGAACUGCAGUUGGAAUACACUGGCGAGCAGACUUCUACGGGAAUCGGGGAGUCGGAACCGCCUAAACCGGCCGAAAAGGAACCAUCUGUGGAGAAAACGGCCGAGCCAGCGGCUGCGGGCGAUGUGGAGGACAAGGACGAAGGAGAUGAAGACGAUGGAGAGGAAGAGGGAGGGACUGUGAAGACGAAAGCACAGAAGCGAAAGGAAAAGAAGGAGCGGGAACGGUUGAAGAAAAUUGAACAGAACAAGAAGACGGGCAAGAAGCAGGAGAAAGAAGACGAGAAAGAGAAGGAGAAAGAAACGCCUGCAGAGAAGCCGGCCGAAACCAAUGGUGAGAAGGCGUCCAAACCACCCCCAGCGAAGGAGGAGAAAGCACCGGCUGAAGAUGGCGAAGAGAAAGAAUCAGCUGCGUCAAAGAAAAAGAAGAAAAAGAAAGCGGCUGAGAAGGCGCCGGAGCCGGAGCCAGAAGAGACCACCAAGAAAAAGAAGGGACCGGGCAAGAAGAUCGUUGCGGCGAUGCAGGAAGCAUUGCGGCUUCAGCAGGAGGCUGAAGAGCGUGCUAAACGAGAGGAGGAGGAGCGGAUACGGCGAGAGGAAGAGGCUGAGCGGCUGAAGGCCGAGAGGGAGGCACAAGAGAAGGAGCAGAAGGAGUUGAAGAAGCGACAGGCCAAGGAGCGCAAAGAGCAGCUGAAGGCCGAGGGCAAACUGCUGACGCCGAAACAGAAGCAGAAUAUGGCUCGCGCACAGGCUCUGCUGGAUGCCAUGAAGCAGCAAGCAGCAGUGGUUGCAGAGAAAAAGAAGCCAACCAUGAAGGACAUGCGGAAGAAGGGCAAACAACAAUCGCCCGACGCUGAGACGAAACCUGAACCGAAGCCCGAACCACCGAAAUCCGAGGUUAAAGAGGAGCCGAAAGAGGAAGCCAAGCCGGCGGACGAGCCCAAGGAGAGCUGGGAGGACGAGGAUGAUGUCAAGGACUCGUGGGAUCAGGAAGACGAUGAAGAAGAGAAAGCUGCGCCGAAAUCUGCUCCCGAGGCUGCCCCAGGAACUCCUGCGAAGGCCGAUGCGAAAGCUGCUCCAGCUGAGGAUGAGGAGGAGGAAUCUUCAGAGGAAGAGGAUGAGGACGAAAGUGGCAGCGAGGAGGAGAGCGAGAGUGAGGAAGACAGUGACGACGAGCGGACUGAAGCCGAAAAGCGUCGGGACCGCGCGCUGAAGCGGAUUCAGCAGCGUCGCGACGAGGCCCGCGCAGCCAUGUCGGCCGACAAUUUGCGCGCCCCAGUCAUCUGCGUACUCGGUCACGUCGACACAGGCAAGACCAAAAUUCUGGACAAGCUGCGGCGAACCAACGUGCAAGAAGGCGAAGCAGGUGGUAUCACGCAGCAGAUCGGAGCCACCAACGUGCCACUGAAGGCUAUUGAAGAGCAGCAGAAGUUCGUGAAGAAGCACAAGGUUGCCGAGCUGAAGAUCCCCGGACUUCUUAUCAUCGACACACCCGGUCACGAGUCUUUCAGUAACCUGCGGUCUCGCGGAUCGUCCCUCUGCGAUCUGGCCAUCCUGGUUGUCGACAUUAUGCACGGUCUUGAACCUCAGACGAUCGAGUCGAUCAACAUGCUGAAGACUAAGAAGACGCCGUUCGUGGUGGCGCUGAACAAGAUCGACCGGCUGUACGACUGGGAGACGGGACGCGGUAAGGACGUUGAGGACAUCUGCAAAGGCCAGGCUCGCAACACUGUGCUUGAGUUCGAGCAGAGGACGAACGAGACCAUUGUCCAGCUGGCGGAGCAAGGUCUCAACGCCAAGCUGUUCUACGAGAACGACAACCCUCGCGAGUAUCUGUCUCUGGUGCCAACCAGUGCGAUCACCGGUGAGGGCAUGGGCAACCUGAUGGCACUGGUUGUGAUGAUGACGCAGAACAUGCUGACCAAGCGGCUGAUGUACUCUGACGAGCUGCAGGCGACCGUGCUGGAGGUGAAGCAGAUCCCCGGUCUGGGUACCACGAUCGACGUGAUCCUGGUGAACGGCACGCUACGCGAGGGAAGCACGAUCGUCGUGGCCGGUACUGAUGGGCCGAUAGUCACCCAGAUCCGCUCGCUGCUCAUGCCACAGCCGCUGAAGGAGCUGCGCGUCAAGAACGCCUAUCAGGAGUUCAAGGAGAUCCGUGCGGCGCAGGGUGUCAAGAUCGCUGCAAAGGAGCUUGAGAAGGCGAUCGCUGGACUCAACUUGAUGGUCGCCGAACACCCGGAUGAAAUCGAGAUCUGCAAGGCGCUGGUAGCGAAGGAGCUGCGAUCGGCUCUUAGCGCCAUCAAGCUGAGCGAUCAUGGUGUCUACGUGCAGGCGUCGACGCUGGGCUCGCUGGAGGCGCUGCUGGAGUUCCUGCGCACCUCGAAGAUCCCCUACUCGGGUGUACGAAUCGGACCGGUGGUCAAACGUGAUGUGAUGAAGGCGUCUGUGAUGCUGGACCGCGACCCUGAGUUCGCCGUGAUCCUGGCGUUUGACGUGAAGGUGGAGCGAGACGCUCAGGAGAUGGCCGAUUCUGCCGGCGUCACCAUAUUCCAGGCGGACAUCAUCUACCACCUCUUUGACAAGUUCAUGAAGCACCGCGAGGACCUCAAGAACAAGAAGCGCGAGGAACACAAACACAUCGCCGUGUUCCCGUGCAAGAUACGUGUUCUGCCGCAGUUUAUCUUCAACUCUCGAGAUCCUAUCGUGAUGGGUGUCAGCGUUGAGGCGGGCAUCGUGAAGACCGGCACUCCGAUCUGCGUACCUAGCAAGGAGUUCCUCUUCCUUGGCUACAUCUCCACGGUGGAGAUCAACCACAAGCAGGUGGAAGUCGCGCGCAAGGGUCAGGAAGUGUGCAUCAAGAUCGAAGCAGUUCCUGGAGAGAGUCCCAAGAUGUUCGGCCGACACUUUGACGAGACGGACAUGCUUGUCAGCCGCAUCAGUCGCGAGUCGAUAGACGCAUGUAAAAACUACUUCCGUGAAGACUUGACGAAGCCUGACUGGCAACUCAUGAUAGAACUCAAGAAAGUGUUCCAGAUUAUCUAGCUGUGCCGUUACGCGGUGUGUGUUUGUGUGUGAGUGAGAGAGUGUCGGGCAUGGCAGAGCGGUUGGCGGUGGUGGCAGGGCUGCCGCGUCGACAUCAUGAUCAUAUUUAUAUCGAUUGUUACUUGUGCGUGCUUUACGUACUGUGAUCUGACGGACUGACUUAACGGGGGACGGCCAACGGCGACAGCUUUGCAGUGUGUAUCAUCAUCGUCAUCAUCAUCGACCUUCGGAGGAGAUAGCUUUGUUACUACGGUCGGUCGGCGGCUGGAGCGGCCGGCCGGCAGAUACACUGGCGUUGGUCUAUGCAAACGGAAAAUGGCGCCGAUGCUCGUUUGAUUGGAGCCCUGUCGGACUGUCGAGGUGUGAGGCUGAAGAGGACCGUCGUCGGGUCAUCCUUGCACUACUCCGUCCACCGACCAGACGAAAGGGUUCAUGGCUGAUCAGUCAGGAGACAGCGUGGAGAGAGCCGAAACACACCAGCACUGGGACUGGACUGAGGUCUGGCUGAGAUUGUGUCAGCUCGAGCUGAGAUGGCAGCGGAAUCUUUCAGCAAAGCUCGGCAACCCAGGUCUACCUCGGGUCAAGGGUUCAUGACUCAUCGACAGCAGAGGCGUGGAGAGAGCCGGAACACACCAGCACUGGCACUGGACCGAGGUCUGGCUGAGAUUGUGUCGGGUCGAGCUGAGCCGCGGCCUGCCCUGGGUGCCGGGUACCACAGACCCGGCGGACCCUCCGGCCGGCGGCUACAGUAGCCGAGUCGGCAGUCCGACGGCCGGACCAGACGUCGUCCGGACGCCUUCGUACGACCGACCUCAGACGCUGAAACAACGAACUCUCAGUCUUUAUGACAGCGGAAGCUUUCAUUGAAGCUCGGCAACCCAGGUCUACCUCGGGUCAAGGUCAUAAUAGGCGACAACUCAGGCGGCAUUUCUAUUUCUGACGACUGGGGAGACUGGAAGCGGACUCUGCCAAGCACUGCUGUAGACCUCUGGUGAUGCAACGAUGAAAUUCCACCUCAGGCAGCUUGCGGACGAUGCAUUAUGGUUCAGGCCGGCUAUGAAGUGGCUAGUAAUCUGUGGUCCCAUGAGGCUAGUUGUGGACGGGCGGGUAACCUAUGGUGACCUGAGGUCGGUCUUGUGCUGUCCGGCGGCAUGUGACGACUGUCUGUCUAAUGACUCGUGUUCAGCUUCAUGCCACCCGUUGACCUUUGAUGACCUGAUGCCAUCUAAUGACCUGUGAUGACCUCUGAUGACCCGCGGUGGGCCGUUGACCUGGCGCCGCUGUUCCGUCCCGCUGCUAUUUCCGACUGUUCCGCUGUGGUAUGACCGUGCUGGUGACGGCAGUCCGACGGGUCCAAUAAACGAGCAUCGGCAGA